AUGAGCUUUGCGCCGCCGCGUAAGCCAAAGACGGUGGUGGUAACGUCUUCCUACACGCAGAGGAAAGGAGAGGCAACUGAGCGUGACGCUCAGUCUCUCCCCACACAGCGACAUGCAGCAUCAACUUGCUUCACACCUUCAUGCGUAGCCGUGCGGGGACGAAUGCGACAGUACGUGGAGAGCAUUCGCCAGCAGAGAGCCACACAGGAAAAAGUGCCGCUCUCAACGUCGUGUUCGAGGAGCAGGCAUACAGCGCUUCGGGGAGCAUGGACGAGAAAGGAAUCACCCGCGCCGUCACACUCGCCGCGCCGCCGUGGAAAGGGAGCGGUGGAAAGUGGCACUGCCUUCGGUGCGCCUCUGCACGAAUUUAGUAAAAUGCGUCCUGGCGCAUUGAGACAGCAGACGACCAGCAUGCGCACGGAAGCGUUUCGUCGGUCUCUUUCCUCACCUCAUGCGUCUCUUCCCGUGGUUGAUCCACAACAUCAUCACUCUUCCCCGUAUCCCCACCACCGUGCCAGUGAUGGAAGCGCCGCUGAGAGCAGAGGCGACGAUGGCGACGAAGAUGGUGUGAGCAACCCAUACAUCCGAUCUGUGCUGCGAGGGGCGGAGCAGCGCUGGAUACCACCAUCAUUGGUGCAAACCCCAUUCAACUACCGAAGCCGCAGCCAAGGCCUGCUGGAGUACGACAAGGAACACACAUCCUACCUCUCGCGCCGUGACUUGGUUCGUGAAUGGAAGAACAAAAUCCGGCGCAGCCCUGACAUGAAGGAAAAUCAGUUGGCAAGGCGUGUUAGAGGUGCAAGCGAUGCUGAAGGCAAACACUGUGAAGAAGAGAGAGACCCGAAGGGGCUAUAUACUUUGGGAAGUCCAGGUCCUGGGUAUUGGCCAGGUGCACUUAUGCCACCAUCAUCCAUGCAAGCAGGCUCUCUGAGUGAAUGCACAGACCGGUCACCAGAGAAGCGAUGGGAGUACCUGCAGGCCUUGCAGUCAUUGGGAAGGCAACAGGGAAUAGAAGAGGGCGGCGGCGUGCGCCCUACUUUUGACAUCAGUAACGCAGAAAGAGAUGGUCAAGUGUUGGCUGGGCCCAAGAGUGACCUCAACCCGUGUUAUUGUGACGAUGGCGAGGACCCGCGUGCCUAUCUUUACGCUCCACUACCAAGUAUUGAUUCAUCUUCGGAAAAAAGGGGCUUUGGUGUGGCAUCCACAGUGAUAACUGCGGCUCCAGUUGCAGUGUCAAUGCCCCAGCAGGAAAACGCUGACUUUCCUCUUUAUCUCCACUCCACAAACAGGGUGUGCACCUCAGAGUUGACGCUAGAGUGUGAGGGUGGCACUGUUGCCACAGCACCUGCUGAAAGUAAGUUACACCAACAAGGUACUGUAUCCUUUGCGGACACACCCUCCGGUGCCGUUCCUUUAAGUGACAAUCCAGACGACGGUGUGGCGAACUAUUUGAUUGCACAGGAAACCGAAAUAGUGGACACAUUUGGCAGGGUGUGGGCUGUGGCGUCGGUGCCAUCGAUUGGCAAGGUCUGUAGUCACAAUGAGAGCUUUCCAGCAGUUAACGCACCUCGCGGCUGA